UUCGUUUAUUUAGCUUACUGUGUCUUUAAGAAAGUCACGUGAUAUUAAACAAGGAAAAAGUCGGAAGCCGGAAGUUCGCCUACGAAGAAAGAGCCGUGCUAAUAAACAAUACACAAAGGAGCUAAAGUCUUCAAGAAAUACGCAAUGGCUGGUAUAAAAGCACUUGUUGGAUUGUCCUUCAGUGGUGCUAUUGGAUUGACAUUUCUUCUUUUGGGAUGUGGACUGGAGCAGUAUGGGAUAUACUGGCCUCUGUUUGUUCUGAUUUUCUAUGUCUUGAGCCCCAUUCCGACCUUCAUUGCCAGACGUGUCAGCGACGAUGACUCCUCAAGUAAUGCCUGUAGAGAGCUGGCCUAUUUCCUAACCACUGGCAUUGUUGUAUCAGCUUUUGGGCUUCCUAUUGUACUUGCCCGCACCAGCACUAUUAAAUGGGGUGCUUGCGGACUGGUGAUGACUGGAAAUGCCGUCAUUUUCCUCACCAUUCUUGGAUUUUUCAUUGUGUUUGGAGGUAGUGAUGAUUUUAGCUGGGAGCAGUGGUAGAGACCAAUAAACAACAACAAAAAAGUGGAUGUGUAGGUGGCUGGUUGAAUGAACAGAGUGCAGAAUAACAGGCUACUGUGUUCCGCACUGUGCUUGUGUCUGCUCAAGUGCCUUAUGUGUGGAAGCAUAUACAAACACUAAAAUGUAUACUUUUUAUUGCAAUUACGCUGCUUCAUUUUAUACAUAUAUGCAGCAUUUCCAGGCACAUGUUGAUAAACAGAUCUGUCUCGCUUUAGUCUAAUACUGUAACUCCAAAUGGCCCUGAAAGGCAGUUGUCUGUCUAAAGAAGUGAAAAUAUGGGCUUUUUAGCUUCUCAUUGUCAGAGAAAUAUAUAUUUAAAAUGAACUUUCUGUUAAGUAGAUGUUUCCAGCUUGAAACUGUCCCAAUAGACAUGUUAGUACAUGCAACGCCUUUACAGACUUUCCAUUAUUCAAAAUUUUUGUCAAGAAAGGGAUACACACUGAAUAUCAUUUUGAUGCAGCCACAAUUUAUCAGCACUCAGUGUUUAGACUGAGAUGUUUCUUCUGCAGUUUACUUGUUUUUGGAUGAGGCAGGAUAACAAAUAUUUAUCUAUGCUAUAAUGUUGAACACAAUACACAGACAAAUAUUAAACUUUAUUUAUCUGUACAUAUUUUCCUCCUCCGGUGCAAUGUUUACAUUUUCACCAAAGAUCAUUUUGAUUGAUCCACUGAAGUGUAGGCUAUGUGCUACAUUGCACUGUGAUCCUUUAUGACUUCCAGGACUUUCAAAACAUUUAUUUUCUGAAUGUCAUUAGAAAAUGUAUUUUUAAUGUAUUAGAAGUUAUUAGUUUCAUUCUUAUUUUCCAGAACAUACAAUUAAAAUACUCAAAACACAAGUUUGUUUGUACCUUAGCAAUACUGCCUUACUGUAUUUGAGCAGUUAUUUAGGCCAUUUACAAUACCAGAGUGUGCUGAUUGUUCAGUGUAUUUUUGAUAAACAAAAAUGCCCAAUAGACAUUUGUAUCUCUGAACUGUUUCAACAUUGUAAAAAUGUCAUCCCUUUUGGGCUGUUUCUUUUGGUUAUUAGAUGUAUUUAUGUUGUUCAUUUUUAACUUGAACAAAAUAAAUUGUUAUGUAGCACUGA